AUGUCGUCGAAGCGCGAGCGGUAUCUGUUCCGGCCGCUUUACCGCGGCGUCGUGAAGCCGGUGGGCAUGUGCCUGCUGGCCCCUCUGGUUGUCAUGUACCUUGCCUACUACGCCUGCCGCAAGUGCGGCUCCUACUCCCACAGGACCCCGUUGGACUCCCGCUCGCACCUGGACUCGCAGCGCGAGUUCGAGCAGCUGUGCGAGAAGCUGGACCGGGACUACACCCCGCCUCCGCUGCUGGCCAACCGCCGUCCCCGCGCGCUCACCAUCUGCGAGGGCGUUGUCGCUAACACGGCCGACGUCGAAGAGAAACAGAGCGGCGCCCCGCCAGCGAACCCGCAGCACCAGUCCCUCUUCUUCACCCGGCUGCCGCCCGAGCUCCGCCUGCGCAUCUACCACUACGUCCUCGGCGGCAACGUCAUCCACCUGCUCCUCAAGCCCGGCCGCGUCGGCCACGUCGUCUGCACCGGCGACCCCAGCGUCGUGCGCGCCCCGGGCGACCCGGACCGCCGCUGCAUCGCCGCCCACGCCGCCUCGCGCGAGAUCCUGUACCAGCGACGCCACUACCCGCCGUGGAACCACCAACCCGGGUGCAGCUGCUGCUCCGCCUUCGCCCUCGACGACCCCUCCUACCGCAUCUACAGCACCCACCACCGCGCCCACGACGGGCCCAUCCCCAAGGUCCCCGAUUGCAUGGGCCCCUCGCCCUUCGUCGUCGCGCCCCCCGGCCGCCCCCACCACCGCCUUCACUGCCCCCGGCACCACCCGCCCUCCCUCCACAACCACCUCCUCCCCUCCAUCCUCCUCCCCGGCUUCCCCUUCGACCCGGACCACCUCCCCGAGUCCGAGCCCGACCACCCCCCCAAGUCCAAGUCCAAGUUCAAGUUCAAGUCCAACCACCCCCCCAAAUCCGACUACCACGACUUCCCCAACCACUACCACGACCCCCCCAACCUCUACCCCAGCAACCCCCCAAACCCAACCCCAUCUUCUCACAGCCUCGGCCUCCUCCCCCUCCUCCUCACCUGCCGCGCCGCCUACCGCGAAUCCGUCGCCACCCUCUACGCCGCCAACCUCUUCGACGCCAACCACCCGCAGACGCUCGUCCUCUUCGCCCGCGCCACCCCACCCCGCCGCCUCGCCAGCGUGCGCGCCCUGCAGCUCCGCUGGAGCUGGCGCCUGCGCGAGCGGCCCGGGUUGAGGGCGCCGGGGCCCAUACCGGCGGCGCCGGGGCAGCAGCAGCGGGGAAGCGGGUGGUGGGGGGAGUGGUGGGGGGGUUGUUCUUCUUCUCCUCCUCCUUCUUCUUUGGUGGAGGCGGAUAGAGCGGAUGGGGUGGAGGCCGGGGCCGGAACUGGAACCGGAGCUGGAGCCGGAUUGCGGAUGAUGACGGGGUUGCAGGCGCUGUAUUUGAGCUUGGAGCUGGAGGGGACGUGGGACGGGACGGCGCAGCAGCAGCAGACGGCGCAGCAGACGGCGUCCGUGCGUGUGCAGCCCGGCGAGGAGUAUAGGGUCGAGGAGGAGCAGCUGUUGCGUCCGAUCGCGAGGAACGUGAGGGGGCUGAGGAAGCUCGAGCUCACGGUCGAGGUGGAGGGGUCGAAUGGGAGGGUGAAGAAGGCGAUGCAUCGGCCGUCGCGCGUGAGGGAGACGCUGGCCGAGAUCGUGUGUGCUCCGCGUGGUGGGGGGAUGAGGUGA